AGUGGCUGAGUAGUGCAGCGCGUGGUCGUAGAGGUUAUCAAGAAAACAAACAUUCACAUGUGUCUUUUCAGUGUUCAACAAUGAGAAAAUAGUAACUUGACAAAUUGUUACUGCCAUUACGUGAAAGUGUUUAAUAACAACGCAGCUUGUAGGUGUCACAAUGGGUAUUAAAGUGAAACGGAAAGCUUCAAAAUCUUUAAAUGAAUCACCUGUUCUGACGGAACGUAAUGACACCACAGAAGCUGAACCACCAAAUAAAAAACAGAAACUGCUAUCGCCUGAGGAAUUCAUAAAGUCUCUACGUGGACCAAAUGCAUCUGAAAGUCUCAAACAAUGGUUAUAUCUCAUUUCAAACAAGAAAGAGCAAGCUCAAAUGGACAAAGAUUUAUCUCGUAAAACUUCAAAACCAAAUGAAGAAGAGACUGCCAAAAUCAAUAAACAGCAGGGAGAAAAUGAAGAGGUAAAAGACACAGAUAAAACUGGUAUAGAUGAAGAUGAUGAUGAAGAUCUGGAAGAGGGAAUAGAAAAGGAUGCAGACAAAGAAGAGGAAGAAGGUUUGACACACAUUGAUGCCUUUUUAUCUGCUGGUGGGUCGAUAUCAGAUAUUGUGUACACCCUACCUUCUGCCGAGAGUGCACAUGCAUCACAUCUAAGACAUGUGUUCCGGGUCCUCUACAAAAUUCUUCUGAGGAUAUCUGCUGAACACCAUGACAAAAUCCCUGAGGCAGUGGAAGUUUGUAGGGACUUAGCAAAUACAUAUUUGAAACAAAUCAAUGAUAUGUUGAAAAUACAACGAGCGCCUCGGGAAAGGAUAUGCAAUCUAGAACUUCUGACAGCUAUGGCAGCUUUGGAUUCCAAGUUUGCCAAGGAGAUUUUAAGUAUAAUAUCCCUAGAAGCAGAGACAGCAGAUCAUCUGACAUCUCCUAGAGUUGCAUUUUCAGUGCGGUUAGCUUAUCUGAAAUUCCUUAUUGCACUCCUCAUUGAUGCUGACACUCCCUCAAUUAUGGCUGUUGUUCACAAGCCAUGGAUGCUUUCCUCAGUCUGGGAAGGACUGCAAUAUGACCCAUCUCAUAUAGUUGUUUUAUUGCUGAUGACUAUUAAAAAAGCUGUUUUAGAGAACAAGUCUGUUCCCAAAUCUGCCAAACAAAUAAUUUUUAACACUGAUGGCAUAAUUUCACUACUUCACUUGUACAAGUGGAAAGGUCCUCAAAAUAGACCAAAAUCACUAACAUUUUGGGCAAUGAAAAAAAUGGAUGAUAAGCCCAAACUAUUGGCUGAGAUUGAUAGCAUUGAAGCAGAGCAAGUAGCUGAUGCUGUGCAAGAGCUACUUAUUGUUCUCCUGACUGAUCAUCGCUUUGGGAUAAUUUUCAGAGAUACUGCUGUUGCACACCAAAGUGACCGUCAUAACAAAAUGGUUUCCAGAGUACUAGAAAGAAUUGGCCAUCCGUGGGAAAAUGUGAAAGUAGCUGGGCUUGUGUCUAAAGUUCUUGCAGCUUGCCCCGAUUCAUUACGUUCAACACUAGCAUCAAUGAAACCUUUUAUAAAACCAAGGUCAUCAGAAAAAUGGUUUAACUGCAUUAAAUUUCUAGAGCAGGUUCUUGAAGACCAAUGUCCGGAAGAGGUUCUUCUUCGUCAAGUUUCAUGGCUAACAAUGAUGCAUUUGGGAGCAGCAGCCAUUGAAAUGUGUUCUCCGUCAUCAAUUCUCAAUGCACUAUGCUCAGACAACGCAGAUGCCCUUUACACAGAUGAUAUAGCAGUUGCGAAAUGCACAGUCAAGCUUCUUGUUUCCAUGCUUAAGAAAAUUUACAACUUCACUGAAGUGGUCAAGCGGUGGGCUUCAAGUGGUGUUCUCUCAUAUGCCCAAUCAACAGCAUUCUGUCGUCAUAUUUCAGAUUAUGUGUCCAAGAAUGUUCCAAUGUUGAGCUCCAUUCAAAAGGCUUGGCAACUAUGGAGUGAGAAAUGUAAGACUUCUGAAACACUAAAUGAUGAGUCUGACAAACCUAUUGAUAUUUUGUCCUUUCUGCUGGAACUCCUUGAAUUUUACCACAAGCUAUGCCCUUCUACCUUGGACCCCUUGCAUGCAGAACAAUCGGACCUUAAAAUAGCUAUGACUAACACUGUUUUGGAGACAACUGGAACAGAAGAGACUGCUCAGUUGCGUAAUCGUUUGUACCGGCUACUUUUGGCUGUCAAUGAUCAGGAUUUCAGUGCUGAAAAUAUGGAAAUGAAAGAACCCAUGCAAUUAAUUUUCAAAGAUUUGGUUAGCCAGUGUGCUACUGUCCGAAGCUUAGCUUGGUCAGUUCUUCAGUCCCUAGUCAGGAGAGCAGGAACCCUAGAGGGUAGUCCACAAGAGGCUGUGGUUUGGUUGUCAGUAUUUCAAGAAACAUUCACAGGCCAAGAAGAACUAAGCAAGGAAGUGGUUGAAAUGCUGGUUGAAAGUGUUUUACGCGCUUGUUCACAGUGUCCAAAAUAUUUGGAUAUUAUUGCUCGUUCUGAAGAAGGGGCUGCUGAAAUUUAUAAUGAAGAUGGCACUGCUCAAUGUUCCCUGUUUGAUGAAGCCGCAUUUGAUGAACUUCUGGAGGAUGCUUCAGAAACUUUUGAUCAACAACCCAACCCCAACAAAAUUCAUUUUAGUUCUGUCACUGUGAGUUCAUGGCUUCCAAGUUUCCUAGAAGUUUUUGGGGAGUAUACUAAUGGGAAAAAAAUUAAAAAGCGGUCGAGACUGAUUGCUGAAGAAUUUUGUUGCAAGCUGAUCUUACGACUACUGUAUCGGCUUCCUCACCCUGGACCAUUCUUUUAUUUACUUUUGAGAACAUACUCCAAAAUAGUACCAGCAAAGCUCACAGAUUACCUGCAAUCUUGGGUACCUGGGGGCAACCCUCAGCUUGUGCAGUUACAUCUUUUGGGAGAAAGUAGUGUAGAACUGAAACUUGGGACUUACCUGUUCUUUGAUGAUGGUAUUGAAAAUGUGUCCUCUGAGACUAAGCUUCAGAAACUCUUUCUCAGCCUUUCUCUCCCAACAGUUGAAGAUGACUUCAAAGGGAAUGUAUCUGAUGUCAGAAAACUAGAAGUAAUUGGACAAGUUGUACAAGUGGUUUACUUUAUUUCCUUCCACUUAACACAACUAGCCCAACUUAAAAACUUGACUGAAGACUUUGUUAUCAGAUCUCAAGAAAUGCUCCUAUAUAUGUCUGAGGUUGCAUCACAUUUUGAUGAUUAUUACUAUAAGGGAAAGGAGCACGGACUUUUCUUUGAGAUUUUUAAGGUUUUAUUCUGUCAUCCAAUGUUAUACCAACAAUUUAAUCCUAUUACAAAACACAACUCAGAAUCAUCUACACUUUUAACAAAUAUGAUGAUUAAUUUGGCAAAGAAGGCCUCUGUGUGUCAAUCUCUUGAAAACUACUUGAUGCCAUUUAAGGAUAAACUCUUGACCAUUGUAAAGUCACUGGCUAAGAAAAAGAAGAAGAAAAUGCCCAAAGGAGACAUAGCUUUUAUGAUCAGUGCAAUUCCACUUAAAUUUGAGGAGAUCUCAAAUCUUUUGGAACUUACUGCAUGUCUUCCAGCCACAUCUUCAAUGAUUGGCAGUGAUGAGAAUUUAAAAUUGUCACCUUGGUAUCAUCUAACUGCUCAUCUCUUCAGUCGUGCAUCUGAUCUUCGAAACAAGGGAAGUUCAAAUAAAAAUGAGGUCAUGCUACUUCCUCCUGCAGUUAUUACUCAGGUUUCUGAUCUGCUGCUAGAAAUGCUACCCAUUAAAAAUUGUGAUGCAACAUCAUUAACUGAGGCUCUUAUGUCAUAUAUUGAGUCUUGUCCUCAACAGACAGCACAUGUUUCUGAGUCAUUACUACAAUGCAUGUUAAACUCUUGUGAAGCAAAUCAGGCCACAUGUAAAUUAGCUCAAUGGGUGGCUUCAUGUACAUCAUCAAAGGAGUUGCUAAGUAAAUUAAAAAGCUCCAUUAAGGACAAAUUUACCACAAGAAAGCGUCUUGGGUUGAUUUUGCCUGUCAUAAGAGUAGCUCUCAAAAGUCAGGAAAAAGAAGGUUUUUGGAAGCCAGUUUUGACACCAUUGUAUGAUCAGAUGAAGUCUGAAAUACACGAACAUGCUAUCAGUCUAGCUAACCACCCAGAAUGGUUAGCCUCCAAUACUGAUGUAGUUGUCAUAUUAAUGAAACGCUUUAUGAAGACUGAUGAGAGAGAAAGCAUAUGCAAAGCUCUUGAGAAAAAGGCUCCAGCACUGACUGAAGAAAAGCAGUACUACUUAAAUUUAAUAACCGAAGUCUUACAGUCUCAGCCACCUCAACUGUUGUUAUUGCUCCUGGCUUGGCUAGGGGUUUCAUUAAAGAAAAAUGGAAAUUCAUCCGGACACAUUGGCCUUGUUCAGUUAUUGAGUGAUGCUAUUGUCAGGUUUACAAAAGAAGUAACUUUUGAUAACUUCUCAAGCGUAAAAGAAAGCAAAGUUUGGCAGGAAACUUUGAGAUUGACCCUGAAAUGGGGACUUGCACAUGGAAAAGAUGAUGAUGAAACUGGAAACAAGGCAUCAGAUGUAUCAUGUAUGCUCUUGAAGACACUUCAUUCUCUUUUCAAGAAGAUGUAUGUCAUUUUGGAAGAUCAUGAGCACAUUAAGUUGGUUCAUAGUAUGACCAUACAGCACUCUGAAUUUCUAAAUAUUAUGAUGGGCACUUCCCCCUCUAAAUUUGAACUUGUUCAGCUUCUUAAUGUUCUCAUAGAAAGAAGUCCUAAGAUGAUGGAUUGUUCUCAUGUGCCUGUAUUGCUUGCUGCUUACAGUGCUAGUUUAAGUAAAACAGACCGAGCUCUUCUUAAAAUACUUAUCCUGUACGAACAAAGUGGAAUAGAUCUUUCCCAGUAUCGUCCUUACUUCUGGGGACGCCAAGGAGCAAAUCAUUACUCAAUAUGGUCUCAGGGAAAUAAAAAUAAUAAGACUCUCUUGCAGCAACCUAGACCAGAUCAGGUUCUUGGCCUUCUGGAUAUUAAUAUGGUAAUGCAAACCAUAGGACAGUUCUCAAUUAAAUCUACUCUGAAGAUAUCUGAAGAUGAAACUGAAUUUGUUGAUGGAAUCUAUGACCCAUCAUUUUACCUACCUUUGUUUAUGUACCUUUUGUCUCCAGAAUCACCAGUUCUAACACACAUGUUUGUUAGGUCUGGUGCUCUUGCUCUUACUCUUUCUGCUCUUGCAAGUUAUGACAUAACAAUAAGAGCAGCUGCAUUCACCACUCUCUCGCGUUUUAUUUCUCACUUGCAAAUGGCAAGGGGACGCAAUAAAGAACUAUUGCUUCACUUCAUGUCUGCUCUGCAAAAAGGUGUACUAGCCUUUGGAAGUGAAAAUCCUAGACUUCCUAGUGUUGUUUCAGUCUUCCUAUCACGGUCUGCCAUUGAAAUUUCCAAUCCGUCAAGUCCUUUAUAUAGGCCACUCAUUAACUUCAUAUUAGCCAAGCCUGCCAUGAAUUUAAAAACUGUACCUGAAUUCUUACAACUAUUGCAUUCAGAUCAUGUUGAUCACUUAGCACAUCGACAUUGGAUCCUUGAAGUAUUAGCUGAAGGUAUCCGAGCACCAAUUGAUGUCGAUUUAUGCACAGAGGUUGCUGCUUUUAAAUUGUUGCCCGCAUAUUAUUCAUCAUGUCUUUCUGAUUUCAAAAGCAAACUCCUUAUUUUGCAAUGGUUAAGAUCAACUGUUGCAGUCCAAUAUGGGGCAUGCCGUUUAGUGAGAGAUUUCAGCUUUGUGUCAUGGCUUCAUCAAACAAUUAUGAAUCUGACUGUUGAGAAUUCCACUCUCACUACUGAAAUGGUAAGCUUGCUGUCUGACUUAUGGGGCUCUUUGUCUAUGUCCACCAAGGGAAAGCAAGAUUCUGAAACAGGUCGCCCAAUUCCACACAUUGAAAGUUCAGCUAGUAAGGUGUUGCUUCUCCUCCUUACCUUACAUCUUAAAUUGACACCUCAGACUUGUGUCGACAGUCUUAUUAAGUACAUUUCUGUUCUUACCAAAGUUACUUCUUGCCUUCAACCUGAAGAAACUUCUAUGUUUUCAAAAGAGAAAUUGUUAUCAAUUCUUGAAGUGGGAUCUGCUUUUAGUCCCAACAAGAGAGAAUUUUUUGAUCUGCUUGAAUUUGGACAUAACUUUACUGAAGUUAAAGAAAUAUUGCCUGAUGUGGGAGACAAGCCCAAUGAGUUGAGGCUAAAGCUAAGAGCAUUGACCAUUCAGUGGAGCAAGUGUCAAGCCUUAGUACACAUUAUGCUGUAAAGGAAUGUAACUUAGUUGGAAACAAAGCUUUGCAAAGCAAUUUAAUAAACAUUGUUAUGAUAUAUUUUA